GCAGCCGCUGCCGCCGCCUCUCGCCAGCGCCGUUGCUGCGCGGGAUUGUGGGAGUCUCCGUGUCCCGCUCGCUGGGAGAGAGGUACCUCUCCUUUUCCCUCUCCCUUUCCCUAAGGUAGGCGUGAAGCGGGUAAGAGUCGGGGUCGGGUGGCUGGGGGCUCUCCGUGUCCGCCGGGAGGGGACAACGACGGCGACAGGGGCUGCGGGGAGCCGGCGGCGCGCCUUUCUUGCUCGCUCCCGCUCUGCCUCCCUCCGCGUUGCGUAUGUGAGCCGCCUGAUCGGCGGCCGCCAUGUUAGGAGCGCAGUGGCGGCGCAACCAGCCUUCUAGGGCGGCGGAGGUGAGCGGUCCGGGAGGGAAACACGCGGCCGGCCAAGGGCCCAGGGUGCGGCGGGAGAUUUUGGGUGAAGAGGUGCGCUGACCGGCCGAGCUUCCUGCGCGUCCUGGGCUCGUUGUGGGCGGGGGCGGGACGACUAGCCCGUUACACGCGGGCCGCGGCGCUGAGGGGGAGGGAGGAGCUCGCUCGAGGACUGAGGGACAGACUGUCCACUGGGGGCUUGCCGUUUGAGGAGGAUGGUUAAGACAGCUAAGUCCUUGGGUAGCGCCAGUGCCAAAUAACCCGUUCGCCUUUUUUUCUCUGAAAAUGUUCCCCAAAAUGGAGGAUCUCGCAGACUGAAGAGCCUGCUUGUUUGAGCAGCGUUUCUUUCUUUUCCCGGUGUCUCGGCCUUCACACCGCUCCUUGCCUAUCGCCUCAGAGCGCCCCCUAAGACUCCCGGCCCACACGCACGCGCGCGCGCGCGCGGCGUUAGCUGGACAUCAGAAACAAUUCCUCCCCGCCCCCCAUCGCGUAAAAAUGGCCGAAAAAUGAAACGUUAACGCUUGUUUUUCGUACUGCGUCGUGGAACAAGCCGCCUGCAGUACAGUGCGAGGCGGGUGAUUUGCACUUGUUUAGUCAAGUCACCUCACAUCCUUUUUCUCUUUAUCAAAAUAGUAUUAGUCCAGGUUCCUCCAGAGAGGAUCGUGUGGUGUGGGACCUUCCGGUUUCCAGACAAAGGGUUUUGGAGUACCGUGGUGUAGUCGCCCGCCGCAUCGUUCUUUGCAUUUCGAGCUAUGUGCCAUGUUCUGUGUUCGGCAUUUACCGUGGAUGAAUAUCCCCUAGGUGUUUAUCCUGCUCUGUGGCCCUGUUCUGUGGAAUAUUCCUAUUGGAUCAGUUACAGUUUUUUAGCCAGAUAUUUCUAGAACGGUUAUGGUGGUUCUGAAAUGGCUAGUCUUUCGGGCGCUCUGGAAUAAUGUGAAGAAUCGUUGAUUUCGUAGAGUUGUCUGCUGGUUCUCAGCUUGAAGAAGAUUCUGCAGUCCUUAUUGAUCCUUUUUCUUGGCGUUACCAUUUUUUGAAGCAAAGUUAACCUAGCUUUCUAGUUUGAGCUUUCUUUUUGGCCGUCUUUAAAAAAAAUUUUUUUUUUAAUCUAUAAAAUAGACAAGAGCUAGUUCUACAAUGUCCAAGUCAUUCCAGCAGUCAUCUCUCAGUAGGGACUCACAGGGUCAUGGGCGUGACCUGUCUGCGGCAGGAAUAGGCCUUCUUGCUGCUGCUACCCAGUCUUUAAGUAUGCCAGCAUCUCUUGGAAGGAUGAACCAGGGUACUGCACGCCUUGCUAGUUUAAUGAAUCUUGGAAUGAGUUCUUCAUUGAAUCAACAAGGAGCUCAUAGUGCACUGUCUUCUGCUAGUACUUCUUCCCAUAAUUUGCAGUCUAUAUUUAACAUUGGAAGUAGAGGUCCACUCCCUUUAUCUUCUCAACACCGUGGAGAUGCAGACCAGGCCAGUAACAUUUUGGCCAGCUUUGGUCUGUCUGCUAGAGACUUAGAUGAACUGAGUCGUUAUCCAGAGGACAAGAUUACUCCUGAGAAUUUGCCCCAAAUCCUUCUACAGCUUAAAAGGAGGAGAACUGAAGAAGGCCCUACCUUGAGUUAUGGUAGAGAUGGCAGAUCUGCUACACGGGAGCCACCAUACAGAGUACCUAGGGAUGAUUGGGAAGAAAAAAGGCACUUUAGAAGAGAUAGUUUUGAUGAUCGUGGUCCUAGUCUCAACCCAGUGCUUGAUUAUGACCAUGGAAGUCGUUCUCAAGAAUCUGGUUAUUAUGACAGAAUGGAUUAUGAAGAUGACAGAUUAAGAGAUGGAGAAAGGUGUAGGGAUGAUUCUUUUUUUGGUGAGACCUCGCAUAACUAUCAUAAAUUUGACAGUGAGUAUGAGAGAAUGGGACGUGGUCCUGGCCCCUUACAAGAGAGAUCUCUCUUUGAGAAAAAGAGAGGCGCUCCUCCAAGUAGCAAUAUUGAAGACUUCCAUGGACUCUUACCGAAGGGUUAUCCCCAUCUGUGCUCUAUAUGUGAUUUGCCAGUUCAUUCUAAUAAGGAGUGGAGUCAACAUAUCAAUGGAGCAAGUCACAGUCGUCGAUGCCAGCUUCUUCUUGAAAUCUACCCAGAAUGGAAUCCUGACAAUGAUACAGGACACACAAUGGGUGAUCCAUUCAUGUUGCAGCAGUCUACAAAUCCAGCACCAGGAAUUCUGGGACCUCCACCUCCCUCGUUUCAUCUUGGGGGACCAGCAGUUGGACCGAGAGGAAAUCUGGGUGCUGGAAAUGGAAACCUGCAAGGACCUAGACACAUGCAGAAAGGCAGAGUGGAAACUAGCAGAGUUGUUCACAUCAUGGAUUUUCAACGAGGGAAAAACUUGAGAUACCAGCUAUUACAGCUGGUAGAACCAUUUGGAGUCAUUUCAAAUCAUCUGAUUCUAAAUAAAAUUAAUGAGGCAUUUAUUGAAAUGGCAACCACAGAGGAUGCUCAGGCCGCAGUGGAUUAUUACACAACCACACCAGCGUUAGUAUUUGGCAAGCCAGUGAGAGUUCAUUUAUCCCAGAAGUAUAAAAGAAUAAAGAAACCUGAAGGAAAGCCAGAUCAGAAGUUUGAUCAAAAGCAAGAGCUUGGACGUGUGAUACAUCUCAGCAAUUUGCCGCAUUCUGGCUAUUCUGAUAGUGCUGUUCUCAAGCUUGCUGAGCCUUAUGGGAAAAUAAAGAAUUACAUAUUGAUGAGGAUGAAAAGUCAGGCUUUUAUUGAGAUGGAGACAAGAGAAGAUGCAAUGGCAAUGGUUGACCAUUGUUUGAAAAAAGCCCUUUGGUUUCAGGGGAGAUGUGUAAAGGUUGACCUGUCUGAGAAAUAUAAAAAACUGGUUCUGAGGAUUCCAAACAGAGGCAUUGAUUUACUGAAAAAAGAUAAAUCCCGAAAAAGAUCUUACUCUCCAGAUGGCAAAGAAUCUCCAAGUGAUAAGAAAUCCAAAACUGAUGGUUCCCAGAAGACUGAGAGUUCAACCGAAGGUAAAGAACAAGAAGAGAAGUCCGGUGAAGAUGGUGAGAAAGACACAAAGGAUGACCAGACAGAGCAGGAACCUAAUAUGCUUCUUGAAUCUGAAGAUGAACUACUUGUAGAUGAAGAAGAAGCAGCAGCACUGCUAGAAAGUGGCAGUUCAGUGGGAGACGAGACCGAUCUUGCUAAUUUAGGUGAUGUGGCUUCUGAUGGGAAAAAGGAACCAUCAGAUAAAGCUGUGAAAAAAGAUGGAAGUGCUUCAGCAGCAGCAAAGAAAAAGCUUAAAAAGCGUCGUUUUCCAGGGAGUAUGGAAGGUUUUGUCACUCUAGAUGAGGUUGGUGAUGAGGAAGAUUCGGAACUUCAGAAACUUCGUAAAUCGGGCAUGGCAUUUAAAUCUGGUGACAAAAAUGAUGAUGGUUUGGUUGAAAUUAAGGUGGACAAGAUCGAGGAACUUGAUCAAGAAAACGAAGCAGCGUUGGAAAAUGGAAUUAAAAAUGAGGAAAACACAGAACCAGGUGCUGAAUCUGCUGAGAACGCUGAUGAUCCCAACAAAGAUACAAGUGAAAACGCAGAUGGUCAAAGUGAUGAGAACAAGGAGGACUAUACAAUCCCAGAUGAGUAUAGAAUUGGACCAUAUCAGCCCAAUGUUCCUGUUGGUAUAGACUAUGUGAUACCUAAAACAGGGUUUUACUGUAAGCUGUGUUCACUCUUUUAUACAAAUGAAGAAGUUGCAAAGAAUACUCAUUGCAGCAGCCUUCCUCAUUAUCAGAAAUUAAAGAAAUAUCUGAAUAAAUUGGCAGAAGAACGCAGACAGAAGAAGGAAACUUAAGAUGUGCAAGGAGAUUUAAUGAUUUCAAAGAAAAUAAUGGUUCUUUGUUUUUAAUGUUAACCUUUUUUAAAUACAAUACUGAUAGUUAGAAGAAAACUAUUGUACUCUUUUGUUUUAGUGGAGAAAUAAUAGAUGUCUGUUCAUGUGUUAAGUGUUAUAGCAAAAAAAAUACACAUAUGGUUAAGUUAAUGAAUAGUUUUUGUUUUAUCAGAAUGGCAACGGACAGAAGUACUUUGUAGAGAUUGACUUCCUAAGCUACUUAAGACAACUUGCACCACUAAGAAAAAAAUGUAGAACCAUUUGGAAAAAUGAAAUUUAGUAGUUCCAAGUUUCAAAGAAAUGUCAACAUUUUAUUCCAUUCAAUAAAAAACAAAACCAACAGUGUUUUUAUUACUUUCAUCUGAAACAUUCCAUGUUUUAAUCUGAGCCUUGCAGACUUUCAUUUGGAGUUUGAACCCGUUUUGGUUGCAUUUCAUUUUUGGAGAACUUCAUUAACGUGAGAUUGGCAAUUGAAAUGCAGGUGCAGUUUUCUGUUAGUGUCAUGCUGUUGUUUAGGUAAUAAGAAAUAUUAAGUAAUUGGCUCUAGAUUUUGUAAUUUUUUUCCCUGAGUUCCUGCUAGAUUUCGUAUUCUAGUAGUCAAUGUAUUUUCAGUGAAAUGUAAAAAUAUUCCCGUUAUCUUUGACCAGUAUUAAUUUUUGAGAUCUUACUGCUUGUCACUUGAAUCCCGUGAUUGUCAUACAUCUCUGGUAUAAGCAACAUUUGAUUUUUGAAGUGUGUAGACCAUCUCUUCAUAUUUUCAAGAUGUAAUUUUACAUUUCUGCAUUUUUAAAACAGUUUGGCCAUAAUCCUAGAUGCACGCUUCUAAUUCAUGUACCUGCACAUGUGACCUUUGUGAACAGAAAUUUGCAUGUAUAAUUUGUGUUUACUUGUAACUUUCUGGUUAUAUACUGCUUAUAUCUGUGGAUUCAAGUUACUGAAGUGAAUACCAAUAAAAAGAAAACCCUAGGCCAUGUUAAUUGGUUAUACAUGUUUGGAAUGUUAACCAA